CGGUACGAUCAACAGUUCAAGUCAUUUCGCCGCAUUUGGUUGCGGGAAGUAUAUAGUUACUGGUAAAAUUGUCUACACAACAUCGCCCAUUCUAGCUUGCAGAUCUGACUGGAAGGGUCUCACGAUCUCACUAUCAAUGAUGACACAGUGUGUUACCUGCAUCGUAUUAUUUGUUGGUUUAAUUGGCUCAGUGCAUUGUCAGACUUCAACAGUGGAUACACCUACCACACGGCAAACUGAUGAAAGCAUUUAUUCCGAGAGACAUGUUGAGUAUGCUGGAUAUGAUGGUUGGUAUAAUAAUAGAGCUCACCCUGAAUGGGGUGCCGUAGAAAUGCCAUUAACACGACGUCUUCCAUCGGCAUACAAAGAUGGCGUGUAUAUGCCAAUUGAUGAUGAAAGACCGAAUCCUUUAACGAUAAGUGAGGAGACAAUGAAAGGACCUACUGGAAAGGGAUCAUUGUUAAAUAGAACAGCACUAAUGGUUUUUUUUGGACAACAAGUUGUUGAGGAAAUAUUAGAUGCUCAGCGUCCUGGAUGUCCUCCAGAAUAUUAUAAUAUAGAAGUGCCCGAUGACCAUCCUCUUUAUGAGAAAGGUUAUCGAGUCAUGCCGUUUGUUAGGUCACGCUAUGAUAUGGGUAAUACUGGAUUCUCACCAAACAAUCCAAGACAACAGCUGAAUGAAAUCACCCCCUAUAUUGAUGGUGGUUUGAUGUAUGGCACUUCUAAGGCAUGGGCUGAUGCACUCAGGUCAUUUGAAGGUGGUCGAUUAGCCAAGAGUGAAAUAGGUAACUUCCCUGCAGAGAAUGACAUUGGACUGCCAAUGGCCAACCCUCCAGCACCAGCAGAUCAUAAACUCAAAGAUGCCAAGAGAUUCUUCAAGCUUGGUAACCCUCGUGGCAAUGAGAAUCCAUUUCUGUUGACAUUCGGUAUACUUUGGUUUCGAUGGCAUAACUAUUUGGCAGAUGAUAUCGCUGCUAAACAUCCAAGCUGGUCAGAUGAAAGGAUCUUCAAUGAAGCAAGAAAAUGGGUCAUAGCAACACAUCAGAAAAUUGUCUUGUAUGAUUGGUUGCCAGCUUUUUUGAAUCUAAAUGAAAGCAGAGUUACAGAGUUGAGAGACAAUUAUGCUUACAGUAGUGCUAUACAUCCCGGUGUUACCCACGUAUUUCAGUCAGCAGCAAUGAGAAUUGGUCAUACUUUGGUGCCUCCAGGUGUAUUUAGAAGAAAUAGUAGUUGCGAUUUUAGAAAAACAACUAUCAAAAGUAAUUUGGUACCAAAUUAUCAAGGUGGUCAUGAGGGAGUGAGAACAUGCAACUCAUUUUGGAAUCCUCAGUUGCCAAUAUUGGAAACAGAUAUUGAUGAGUUCCUAAUGGGCAUGGCAUCACAGAUAUGUGAAAGGGAAGACAAUAUCAUUACAGAAGAUCUCAGAGGCAAAGUAUUUGGUCCUCUGGAGUUUUCUCGACGUGAUUUAAUGGCAUUGAAUAUCCAACGAGGACGUGAUCAUGGGCUGCCUGAUUAUAACACAGCAAGGAGAGAAUACAAUCUUGCAGAAAGAGCAAAUUUCAGGGAUAUCAAUCCAAAUCUUCCCGAUGAUAUUGUUGAGAGACUUGCCAAAGUGCAUGACGAUGACAUUACCAAGUUAGACAUCUGGACUGGUGGUCUAAUGGAAACUGACAUCAAUGGACCUGGUGAAUUGUUUCACACAAUAAUCUUAGAUCAAUUUAUUCGAAUUAGAGAUGGAGACAGAUUUUGGUAUGAAAAUCGUAAAAACAAUCUCUUCACAGAGCAAGAGAUAGCUGAGAUAAAUAGUAUUACUCUAUAUGACAUCAUUGUUAAAACAAGUAGUUCAAUUUCUGAAGAUGAUAUACAGAAAGAUAAAUUCAAUGCUUUCAAACGUUAUAUUGAAAACUAUCGAAUGCACAUAUUCUGGAUGACAUUGUAUUUACUCGUUUUAUUGGGGAUAUUCAUUGAAAGGGCAUACUAUUACUCUGUUGAGCGUGAGCAUGCUGGUUUACGUCGCAUUGCCGGAUAUGGUGUGACGGUUACACGUGGUGCUGCUAGUGCUCAGAUGUUUACGUAUUCCACCUUACUGGUAACCAUGUGUCGAAAUACUAUUACAUUUUUACGAGACACAGUAUUGAAUCGUUAUAUUCCCUUUGAUUCGGCCAUCACGUUUCACAAAGUGGUCGCUAUGUUGGCUUUAUUCUUCACUUUACUGCAUACUAUUGGUCACAGCAUUAAUUUCUAUCAUAUAUCAUCCCAGCCUGCCAAUGAUCUGACCUGCUAUUUCAGAGAAUUUAAACACUUAUCACAUGAGCUACCGAAGUUUCAUUAUUGGUGUUGGGAGACUAUAACAGGCCUUACUGGUGUGGCACUUUUACUUCUAGUGUUCAUUAUGUAUGUCUUUGCGACACAGUAUGCUCGUCGUCACGUCUUUACCUGGUUCUGGAACACUCAUCAACUCUAUGUACUUCUAUAUCUACUCAUGAUAUUACAUGGCUGUGGUCGACUUGUGCAGUUCCCAAUCUUUUAUCUUUUCUUUGUUGGACCAGCUGUUCUAUUUACCUUUGACAAACUGAUAAGCAUUAGUCGCAAGAAAUCUGAGAUUGCUGUGGUGAAAGCUGAAUUGUUGCCUUCAGAGGUAACUAGCCUUGUGUUCAAGAGACCUAUUGGAUUUGAGUACAAGUCAGGACAGUGGGUUCGGAUAGCUUGUAUUGUACUUGGUGAUAAUGAAUACCAUCCAUUCACAUUGACAUCAGCACCUCAUGAAGAACAUCUCAUGCUACAUAUCCGUGCUGUUGGACCUUGGACAACUAAUAUUAGACAAACUUAUGAUCCAAAUGUUGUUCGAGAUCAUCCCUUCCCAAAGCGGAAACAACAGGUGUGCUUACUACAGCGCAUGCGCAGGUCAGUGACACAUCAACACAACAUGCCCGAAGACUGCAAAAUGGCUUCCAAUAAUCGCGGAAUGAGAGGAACACGAUCUCCCCCGUUUGUUGUGGUCGGACUUUUAGUUGUGAUAAGUAUAUUAGCUUUUAAUUACUGGACAGUUUCAUCCCGCAAUAAGGAUCUGAUUCAACAAGCAGCCAGGUUUGAGCAGGAAUACGAGGCGUUAGUUAUGAAAAAGGGAGCUCUAGAAAAAAGAAACGACGUGAUAUCGGGAGACCUACAAGGGGCCAAUCACAAACUACUGGACCAACAAAAAAUGCACUCAAGUUUACAGGAACGGAUAACACGUAUGGAAGAAGAUGAUAGCGAGCUUAGGAAGCUAAACGAAAAACUGACUGUCGACGCGCAAGAGUGCAAACAGGCCAUG